AGAACGACAAUACAGAUUACGGAUGCCUAGAUUCCGACCCGACAUAAAUCGCGACAUUUGCAAAGCAGAAUGGAGCUCACAACCCCACAACCUCCACUGUUUGAGCUGCAAGUCGCCGAAUCAGAGUCAGCGGAGCUUACUACACAUACUACCUAGGUACUUGCCGGAUCUGUCGAUCACCGAGUGACCGAACACAUUUGAAAUACAAGAACAGCUGAAGACCUCCAAUUCUUCUAUACAAGCCUUUCUUUCAUCUUCAAAUCACAAGAUGUCCUCACCAAAGCUUAUCGUCCACCAUCUCCAAAUUGGCCAAGGCGAGCGGAUUCCAUGGCUGCUCGAGGAGCUCAACAUUCCUUACGAGUUGAAGCUAUACCAGCGCUCACCCAUUCUCUCACCACCUGAGCUCCAGGCGGUGUACCCCAUUGGUGCUUCGCCCGUCCUUGAAGACCUUACGGAUCCAUCCAACCCCGUCAAGAUAGCCGAAUCUGGCGCAAUCACCGAUUACAUCAUCCACAAGUAUGGUAACGGACGCUUGGCCCUAAAGCCGCAAGACAAGAACUUCGCAGACUACCUCUACUGGCUUCAUUUCGCGAAUGGCUCGUUGCAGUCUGGGCUGUUUAGAAGGGGCAUGGCGCGAGGCAUGGUUGGCGAAGACGACCCACGAUACAAGGGCCAAGUCGCACGCUGCCACAAGAUGCUGAGCCAUAUCGACAACCGUCUUCAGAACAACAAAUGGCUUGCAGGCGAAGAAUUCACUGCCGCAGAGACCAUGACAGGGUGGUGUUUCACGACGAUGCGGAAGUUUGAGCCAAUGGACUUGACCGAAUACCCUGGCAUUUUGGCAUGGCUGGGUCGCAUUGGUGAGCGCGAAGCCUACAGACGCGCUAUGGGUAAAGCCGAUCCGGAUCUCGACAUUGAGCAGGGGCUCAGCGCAAAGGGUCCUCCGUUGAUGGAGGCAUUCGUGAAGGCUAUGGCGAUGAAGCCGGGUCGCCAAAAGCUGUAGAUAGUUUUGACAGAAAGUAUACUAGCUCCGCUCAAGAAACGAAGACUCUUCUCAUCGAUUGUUGUGUUCAAUGCCUCUUCUGUUGAUGAUGGUGAUGCUUGACA